AUGGCUUCCAUGUUCGCCCAGUCGGGCAGCGGCACCCUUUUCCUCGGUGGCCAAAAGAUUUCCGUCCUCGCCACACAAGCCAUCGCAAAUGUCGUCAAGAGCUCCUUCGGUCCCAGCGGUCUCGACAAGAUGAUGGUCGACGACAUUGGUGAUGUUACUGUUACAAACGAUGGCGCUACUAUCCUCAGCUUGCUCGACGUUGAGCACCCCGCCGGCAAGAUCCUCGUCGACCUUGCGCACCAACAAGAUAAGGAGGUUGGCGAUGGCACAACAUCAGUCGUCCUGAUCGCGGCCGAGCUGCUCAGGAGAGGAAAUGAGUUGAUGAAGAACCGGAUACACCCCACAACCAUCAUCACCGGCUACCGCCUGGCCCUCAGAGAGGCGGUCAAGUACAUGAAAGAGCACAUCAGCGUCAAGGUCGAGAACCUUGGUCGCGAGUCCCUCCUCAGCAUCGCCAAGACCUCCAUGUCCAGCAAGAUCAUCGGCGCCGACUCCGACUUCUUCGCCAACAUGGUCGUUGACGCCAUCCAGGCCGUCAAGACCACCAACAACAAGAACGAGACCAAGUACCCCGUCAAGGCCGUCAACAUCCUCAAGGCCCACGGCAAGGGCGUUCUCGAAUCGGUUCUCGUCAAGGGCUACGCCCUCAACUGCACUGUCGCUUCCCAGGCCAUGAACACCCGUGUAACAAACGCCAAGAUUGCUUGCUUGGAUAUCAACCUUCAGAAGGAGAGGAUGAAGCUUGGUGUUCAGAUCACAGUCGAUGAUCCCCAGCAGCUCGAGGCCAUCCGCGCGCGUGAAUCCGGCAUGAUCAUUGAGCGCGUCGAGAUGAUUCUCAAUGCGGGCGCUAACGUCAUCUUGACGACAAAGGGUAUCGAUGACAUGGUUCUCAAGCUUUUCGUCGAGAAGGGCGCCAUGGCUGUGCGCCGCUGCAAGAAGGAGGAUCUUCGCCGUAUCGCCCGUGCCACUGGCGCCACCCUCCUCAGCACUCUUUCCGACCUCAACGGCGACGAGAAGUUCGAGCCCUCUUAUCUCGGUCACGCCGAGGAGGUUGUCCAGGAGCGCAUUUCCGACGACGAGUGCAUCUUGAUCAAGGGCACCAAGGUUCAUUCCUCGGCUUCGGUCAUCCUCCGUGGCCCCAACGACUUCACCCUCGACGAGAUGGAGCGCUCGGUUCACGACAGCUUGUGCGCUGUUAAGCGUACCCUGGAGAGCGGCAGCAUUGUGCCUGGUGGUGGUGCGGUCGAGACGGCUCUGCACAUUUACCUGGAGGAGUACGCCGGUACCGUCGGCUCCAGGGAGCAGCUCGCCAUUGGUGAGUUUGCUCAGUCGCUACUCGUUAUUCCCAAGACCUUGGCCGUCAACGCCGCCAAGGAUGCCUCCGAGCUUGUCGCCCAACUACGAUCAAGGCACGCUCUGUCGCAGCGCAUCAUGGAGGGUGAGGCGAACGAGGACGAGAAGAUCAUUGCCCGUAAGAAGGCAUACAAGAACUACGGUCUUGACCUGAUGAAGGGCAAGGUCGUGGAUAUGAUCAAGGCCGGCGUUCUGGAGCCUAGCAUGAGCAAGAUCACACAGCUCAAGAGUGCGGUGGAAGCAUGCAUCAGCAUCAUGCGUAUUGAUACCCUCAUCAAACUCGACCCUGAACAGAGGGCCGAGGAUGAUGGACAUGACCACUAA